UUCUGAGAUGCUUGUCCUGGAGCCUGCAGGGGCGAGCUAUGGCUCUGCGGUCACCGAGCCCAGAAUGGCACUCACUAACCUGAGGCUCUCACCUGUGCCAGGCAGUGGCUUUGGCCCCGAGUUGAUUCCUCUGAUGGAUGGGGAGUGAGUUGAUGGGGCUCAAAUGCUUGGCCUGACAAGGAUGCCUUGUUCCCUCGACGUUUCUUCAGGAUUUUUUUCUGAGCACCUUGAAGAUGAGCAUCCGGACCCCACCCACACUCCUGAGGCUGGCAGGAAGAAGCCUGCUGAGAGAUCAGGCCUCGGCCAUCACAGCUCUGGGGUACCUGCCUGCUGAGUUCUUCAAACCACUGUUCAUUCAGGCCUGCCGGAGGAGAAUGCGGAAGCCCCUGAAGGUUUUGGUGCAAGUCAGGCCCUUCCCUGUCCUCCCUCUGGGGAGCUUGAUGAGGCUGCCUCCAGUCAUGGUCUUAAAAGCGGUGUUGGAGGGGCUUGACGGUCUGCUUGCCCAAGAGGAUCGCCCCAGGAGGCGCAAACUGCGGGUGCUGGAUUUAAGGAACACGGUGCCAACUAUUGGAGAAUGUGGUGUGUACACAGCAGCCUUAAGUGCUCGCGGACAACUGCGGGUGCUGGAUUUAAGGAACACGGGUGCCAACUAUUGGAGAACGUGGUGUGUACACAGCACCUGUAAGUGCUCAUGGACAGAACCAGUGGCUGUGCACAGCUCCAGCCCCCACAUGGAGCACCCCUUGGCUCCCUUGGAGGUGUUCCUAGACCUUAACUUCAAUGAAAGGGACCGGGAUAAGUUUUUCAUGGACAUCAUCCAGUGGGCCCAGCAGAGGGGAGGGUUGGUACACCUGUGCUGCAAGGCGCCGAGGAUUUCUGAGGUGCCCUUCCAGAGGGUCAGGAGGGUCCUGGAUAGGGUGCAGCUGGACUGCAUCCAGGAGGUGGAAGUGAACUGCACCUGGGACCUGCCCACCCUGGGGACGUUUGCUCUCUACCUGGGUCAGAUGAGUAACCUGCAGAGACUCUCUCUCUCCCACAUCCACGUGUUGACCGAGGAGGAGGAAAAAGAGGAAGAGAUAGGGGAGGAAGAGGAGCAGGAGUGGGAGGAGGAAGAGGAUUGGGACAGGAAACAGCAGGAGGAGCAGCGAUCCUUUUCCCAAUUCCUGUCUCAGAUGCUCAGGCUGCAGCACCUCCAGGACCUCAACAUGUAUUCUCCCUCCUUCCUCCGAGGCCGUCUGGACCAGGUGCUCAGGUGCCUGCAGAGCCCCUUGGGCAAACUCUCCAUAGCGAAUUGCCAGCGGCUGACACUUUUAGACCUGACACACCUGUUCCAGAGCCUGAACCUCAGGCAGCUGAAGUCCCUGCGUCUGUACGGAGCCAGCCUCGCUGGUUUUAGUCCCGAGCCCCUCCGAGCUCUGCUGGAGGCAGUGGCACCCACCCUGGAGGACCUGGGCCUGGAUAACUGUGGGAUGGCGGACUCCCAAGUCGAGGCCAUCCUGCCUGUCCUGAGCCGCUGCCACCAGCUCAGGGACGUCACCAUCCCUGAGAACAACUUCCCCGUGGCCACCGUGGAGAAGCUGCUGCGCCACACAGCCGGGCUGCGCACAAAGGCUUCUUUCUGGGCCUUUGGAAGCUGA